UGUGUGUGUGUGUGUGUGUGUGUGUGUGUGUGUCACUGUGUGUGUGUGUGUGUGUGUGUGUGUGUGUGUGUGUGUGUGUGUGUGUGUGUGUGUGUGUGUGUGUGUGUCACUGUGUGUGUGUGUGUGUGUGUGUGUGUGUGUGUGUGUGUGUGUGUGUGUGUCACUGUGUGUGUGUGUGUGUGUGUGUGUGUGUGUGUGUGUGUCACUGUGUGUGUGUGUGUGUGUGUGUGUGUGUGUGUGUGUGUGUGUGUGUGUGUGUGUGUGUGUGUGUGUGUGUCACUGUGUGUGUGUGUGUGUGUGUGUGUGUGUGUGUGUGUGUGUGUGUGUGUGUCACUGUGUGUGUGUGUGUGUGUGUGUGUGUGUGUGUGUGUGUGUGUGUGUGUCACUGUGUGUGUGUGUGUGUGUGUGUGUGUGUGUGUGUGUGUGUGUGUGUGUGUGUCACUGUGUGUGUGUGUGUGUGUGUGUGUGUGUGUGUGUGUGUGUGUGUGUCAGUCACACUAUGUGUGAGUGCUGUGUGUGUGUGUGUGUGUGUGUGUGUGUGUGUGUGUGUGUGUG